UCGAAUUUAACUUUGAGCCUUUGAAAUGUUACCGAGUGAAUUUGGAUCGGGCCGCUUUGGGUUGGAGUUGGAGCGGGUUUCCAGCUUGGGAUGCAUUUUCCCACCUCUCUCUACUUCACUCUUGUUGAUGCCUAUGGAAGUAAAGUAGGAAAUUUGGAGACAAGAUACGAAUUUUGCACCUUGUCAUACAGAAUCCAUUUCCGAAUAUUCAAAAUUCAAGCACUAUUUGUUUCAAAAGUUUUACCCAAAAAGCAGGUUUCACCUUUGUCUUUGUUUCCCCGUAUCAGAGUCGCUCAUGCCUAGCACUUUCUCAGACACGGCUCUACUCUUUCUACUUACCAAAAUUUUAUUCCUUGGCAGCUGCAAUGUUUCUAGCUUGGCCUAAUCAGUUGGAACAUGAGACACCCAUCAAGCAUUUUCAAGGUAAGUGCCUCCAACUUGGCACUGCCUUAGUUGUGGUUCUUGUUCUGGGUUUUGCAUAUUGUGGGUUUUCUGAUGAGCUCCCAAUGGCUUCCGUACCUCUUGGCUUUGAGAUUUCUGGGUUUGAUAAAACCAGGACUUGGGUGUCCCAAAAUGGGCUUUUUGCAUUUGGGUUCUUGGAGGGUCGCCAAAGAGCUGAUGAUGUUGAUGGCUUAUUUGUUGGAAUUAGGUAUAACUUACGAGAUAAAGCUGCAAAUUUGCCUGUUUGGACCGUUGGUGGCGGCAUUAGGGUAUCUGACAACUCAACAGUAAGGCUUUCCAUGGAUGGGAGGCUGAUUUUGUUUGAUAAUCCUAGUGGUUUAAUUGUUUGGAGCAGUAAUACUUCAAGUUUGGGUGUUAAGAAAGCUACUCUUCUGAAUAAUGGGAACCUCGUUCUCAUGGAUAUGGAUGAUAAUGUGCUUUGGGAGAGCUUUGAUAGGCCAACCACUACUCUUCUUCCAGGUCAGUCUUUACGUUUCCCUCAAACCUUGAGGGCUCCUUCCACAAAAUCAGUAUCUAGUUACUAUAAUUUUGUUAUUCGGCACUCAGGAGAGCUUGCCCUUGUAUGGGAAGCCAAUGUGACGUAUUGGAGGAUUGAUUUGAGCUCCAAUGAUGUUAUUAUGGAAGCAAAAUUUGAUUCUAAUGGUGCUUUAGGGCUAGUUGAUGAUAAAAGUAGAACAGUUUGGUCCAUAGCAAGUAAGGACUUUGAAGAUCCCUCUGUGGCUUUGAGGCAUCUUAGGAUUGAUUCUGACGGUAACCUGAGAAUUUACUCAUGGGUUAAUUCGCUUCAUGCUUGGAGAGUAGGAUGGCGGGCAGUUGAGAACCAAUGCAACAUCUUCGGUUCUUGUGGUUUGUACAGCAUAUGUGGCUUUAAUUUGACAGGACCUAUUUGUGAUUGUCUGUAUCAGGAUUCAGUUGCUUGGGGAUCUGACCUUCCCUUGGUGGAUUCUACUGGCUCUGGAUGCAGGAAAAUGGCUGAUUUGGAGAACUGUAAGAUGAGGACUAGCAUGUCAACCCUGAGACGAACAGUUCUGUAUGGUCUUUAUCCCCCUCAAGAUGUUGAUAUGAUGCUAAGUGAGGCAGCUUGUAAAGAGUAUUGCUCCAAUGACACCAGUUGUGUGGCAGCCACUUCAAAAAAUGAUGGUUCCGGAGUUUGUACAAUUAAAAGAACGAGCUUUGUAAGUGGCUAUAGGAGCCCAUCUAGUCCUGCAGUUUCCUUCUUGAAGGUGUGUUUGCUUCCUCAGGCAGUUUCAGCUAGAGGAGCUAAUCCCCGCAACAGUGCCAAGUCAAUUCCUUUGACAUCUACAAGAUUCCUUGGUCAUGGAGGUGACAAGAAUAUGUUUAUAAGGGCUAUCAUUUUAAUAGUUUCGGUAACAACCAUGGGCUUUAUCACCAUUGAGAUGUUUGUCCUUUGGUAUAUCUAUCGAAGACGACAAAUUGAAGCUCAAGCAAGGAUCCCAUUUGGAAAGUACACUCAGAUGAAUCAUCACUGCAGUUUUCUCAUCAGAGUAUCUUUUGAAGAGAUAAAACAGCUGACUAAUAACUUUACAAACCAGCUUGGCCCCUGUGUCUACAAAGGUGUGUUUCCCCAUAAAAGCCCUAUUGUUGUGAAGGUAUUGAACAACGUUGUUGCAAGCGAGAGAGAUUUCCAAGUUGUGGUUUCUACCUUGGGUCGAAUGUAUCAUCAGCACCUUGUGCCUCUGAAGGGCUCCUGUUUUGAAGAAGAACACAAGUGUCUGCUGUAUGAGUAUAUUUCAAAUGGCUCUUUGGAUAAGUGGCUAUUUGACGUGGAGAAAAGGAAGACUGAACUAAAUUGGCAACAGAGGCUUGAUAUUGCUCUUGGGGUUGCCCGAGCGCUUGCAUAUUUGCACACAGAGUGUCAAACAUGUGUAGCACAUGGGAACUUGAAGCUUGAAAAUGUCUUGCUUGAUGAAAAGCUUGUUCCGAAGGUUACAGAUUUUGGGCUUAGGACCCUUCUCGGAAAGGAAGCGGCUUCUUCUUCAGAGUCUCCAAUAGAAAGAGAUAUUUUCAUGUUCGGGGAGAUGCUAAUGCAAAUUGUUACACGUGAAAGGGACAUUCUUGGUGGCAAUAUGCACUCGCUCAUUACUAUGAUUAGUGAAGAACAUAAAUUGGAGGAUAGCGUUGCAUCUGAAAAAUUAGAAAGAGCUGUAAGAAUAGCUCUUUGGUGUUUGCAAAACCAACCAUUUUUACGGCCUUCCAUUGGUGAAGUGGUUAAGGUAUUGGAAGGUUCACUUUCAGUAGAUAGGCCCCCAUCAAAUUUUGCUUUUAAACAGGGCUGAUAGAUGGUUGACUGAGAUUGAAGUAGAUGCCUAGAAGACUGACCUAGGUUAGGAAGAAUGUAGUAGCACUAAAUAUAUCAACCUCCACACCUUAAAGCUUACUUUGGAGAGUGUGGGAGUUGAGUAUGUUUUUUGGUUUGUCACUGAACCCUUGACUUGUGUGAAAUGCGCAGGCACUCUAAAGUUCUGAUAAAAAGGAUGUUAAUUGAUUUCACAUUCCAUGUAGAGUAUGGAGAUUAUCUGUUUCUCAUAUAUAGAGCUUGGGAGGUUUUGGUUUCCAAGUAACUGAUUCAUUACAAGGAUGCUGUAUCUAAUUGACAUUUCUGAGAUAUAAAUGAUGCUGGUUUCCUAAUUGUUGUUCAUUCUCUUGCAUGGGAGGCACUGUUUUUGUUAAGCCAACCAAUGUGAAUACCGAAUGAUAUGUUGAGAAAGCAAAGAAUUAGCGUC